AGUCGUGCUUCAGCUGGCGAGGUGGACGGUGCUAUUGUGUAGAGGAUCGUUGACAAGUGAAAGCGUGCGAGACAGAUUGUUGUGAUUCACUGUUGGAUAAGCGUGACUGCUCGGAGCAACUUUCGAGGAGCGAUGUCGAUGGGGCGCCACUGAAAGGAAAUGAUGUUGAAGGUUCCGGUGUUAGCGAUUCACGUAUGCUGACACCAGGGGAGCAACAAUUGUGCUUCCGAAAUGCGUCGCUUCCCUCGACGUGUGUUGAAGUUGGCCAUUGGAGCAGUAUGUCUGGUGUCGGUGACGCUAUUUUUGAGCAAAGGGGUAGAAAAUGGCUCAAACCUCGACCUACGAGCGCAGCCGAUGGCCUUACGGCAGGAGUCGGAGCAAACCACGCUUGAAACUUCCGGGCUGAUUGACUGGCACGAUUACCCGUCAAUCGCGGCCGAGAAGCUCGCCCAGGGUCCAGGGGAACAAGGCGCGGCAGUUGAGCUACCGAAAGACGCCGAAACCGAGCAGCGGAAAGAGAAAUUGUAUAAAGUCAACGGUUUCAACGCGGCUGUGUCUGAUCUCAUUGCACUGAAUCGGAGUUUGCCUGACAUUCGACACUCGGAAUGUCAGAACAUCCGUUAUGCCGCACGCUUGCCCACCGCGAGCAUUGUUAUUCCUUUUCACAACGAGCAUCUCUCGGUGCUACUGAGGACCAUCACGAGUGUACUACGAAGGUCGCCCAAGAGCCUCAUCAAGGAAAUCAUCCUCGUUGAUGAUUUCAGCUCAAAAAAGAGCUAGGUGAGUACCGAGUUGGAAAAUUAUUUAUCAUCCCAUUUCGGAUCUCAAGUCAAGCUGUUGAGAGCUACGAAACGUGAGGGACUCAUCCGAGCUCGUCUUCUGGGAGCCCGAGCGGCGGAAGGAGACGUACUUAUUUUCCUCGAUUCGCACACGGAAGCCAAUGUGAACUGGCUGCCACCCCUUCUAGAUCCUAUCGCGAGGAAUCGACGCACCGUUGUGUGUCCCUUCAUCGAUGUGAUCCACUACGAGACGUUCGCCUAUAGGUCGCAGGACGAGGGAGCCCGAGGGGCAUUCGACUGGGAGUUGUAUUACAAGCGGCUGCCUCUGUUGAGUGAGGACUUGAAGAGGCCGACUGAGCCCUUUAGGAGUCCAGUGAUGGCCGGCGGGCUGUUUGCCAUCGAUCGCAGCUACUUCUGGGAGUUAGGUGGUUACGACGAGGGUCUUGACGUGUGGGGUGGAGAACAGUACGAAUUAUCGUUCAAGAUAUGGCAAUGCGGCGGACAGAUGUUCGACGCCCCAUGCUCGCGUGUAGGGCACAUCUACAGGAAGUUCGCGCCGUUCCCUAAUCCAGGCAUUGGCGAUUUCGUUGGGAGGAACUAUCGUCGGGUCGCCGAGGUCUGGAUGGACGAAUAUAAAGAGUUCCUGUACAACCGACGACCGCACUACCGCACUUUGGGCUACGGCGACGUGUCGAAGCAGAAAGCUCUGCGGAAGAAACUCAAAUGUAAGCCGUUCAAAUGGUUCAUGGAAACGGUCGCGUUCGACCAGCCGUUAAGAUACCCACCUGUGGAACCGCCUGAUUUCGCUUGGGGUGCGAUACGGAAUGUGGGCGCCGACAAAUGUCUGGACACCAAGUUCAAGGAACAGGGCAAACGCUUCUCAUUGGAAACGUGCAUCAGCUCGAACGGCGACGUGAGCGGAGAACAGAAUUUCGUACUUACGUGGCAUAAAGACCUUCGUCCAGCGAAGCGUAAUGUGUGCUUCGACGUGUCGUCGGGUGAGAAGAAGGCCCCGGUAGUGUUGUGGACGUGCCAUGGAAUGCACGGCAACCAGCUCUUCAAAUACAACGUGAACACCAAGCAGUUGCUGCAUCCCAUCACGGCCCAGUGCAUCGACUGCGAUCCCGGCAAUCUGGAAAUAUUCAUGAACCCUUGCGACGUCGAGUCGAACACCCAGAAAUGGCUUUUCGACCACAUGAAUUCGACAGCACUUCUAAAUGAUUGAAUCAGUUCCUCCUCCUCGCCCCGUCGCCUCCGAUCGGAGAGCCGUGCAGAUGGGCGGCACGCGCUCGCCUAAUUCGAUGAAGUCAUCUCAAAGUCGAAGGCCUGUCGAGCGUAAUUCCGCUAUCGGAAUGGAUUGCUUUUCUCUGACGGUAGAUAUUCCAUCGUCUGCGACCCGGAUGAAACCGAGCCUGAGGGGCCCCGAGCCAAUGACCAUAGACCCGUCUGUCAGGCUCCAAAAUCUGUGAUAUUAGAAACGGAAUCGGAAUUUUUCGUCUGAGUCCGUGAUCUGGAUGUGGGACGCCACGGAGGUUUUGUAAAUGAGAUUGUUACGAAAUUUAUUUUUCGAAUAAACUUGGUACAG